ACCCACUUUCCUCUCAAGGCCCCCCACCUCCCAUCACACUGAGGGGUACAAUCUCAGCACUGGAAUUUUGGAGGACACAAACACUCAGGCCAUGCCACAGUCUUUAGAAGAAUCCCAGAAUGACUAGUCAGGCUCCUGGGAGAUCCGUAACUGUGGGAAAGCGUCACACCCCAGGGAAGGUCACUGGCUGGGAGAGCCAUCCCAGAAAAGGCCUGCUCCCUUCACACUGACCUCUGUGGAGAAGUCGGCUUGGCACGUGCUUUCUCCUCCACUGCAGAGUUAAAUGCGAGAAGGUAGAAACCCAGAGGCCGUGCUGGCGCUGAGAGAUGAGCCCCACUCACCAGAUUCAAGGUCCCAACGUAGGCAGACACCGGGCAAGCAGUCUCCCAUUCCGGGAGUUUGGAACUUAAAUAGAGCCAUAGAGAUGCUCAGACCUGAUCCAAGUGAGCGCAUUCAGUGACAUUUCCUAGAGGGUCCUGACACCUUCAUCUGCACCUGGGGCUGCCCCAGGUUCUGUGCUGCCAGUCACAGUGCACAGGUGCUGCUGAGCUCCUCUAAACCAUGAACUAACAAGUGAGUUGAGGGAGGGAUGCCGCCAGCUGUGUGGACCUGGCCCAUGGGGGAGGCCGGGGUGGAGGUCAGCCCGGGAGUCUGCACACCUGCAGCUUGUUUCCGCCACGCAGAUGGGCACAGGUGAAAACCUUUACAAGUGCUGCAGACGUUGGCCAGGCCUUUAAAUUCAGAGCAACCCGGAGAGGAGAAAGGAGAGUGGGUGGGGGUUCCGGCGUGGAAGAUGGAGGUCCGAUUGCCUGACUUAGCUUUGAAGCGGAUCUUCUCUUUCCUGGACGUAUUCAGCUUGCUGCAGGUUUCCCAGGUGAACAAGGAUUGGAAUAGGGUUGCAGACAGCAAUUACCUGUGGAGGGCACACUCUCUGCAGAGAUGGGACUGCAGCAGCAUCACCGAUCGACACCUGGGCGCAUUCACGUGGAAGCAAUUGUUCCUGCACCAAAGAAGGAAGGAGCUUCGGUUGUCAUUGGCACAGCCAGAUAACUUUACCUACAAAAUAACUAAGAACACUGGUAUGGGGACAGGUGCCCUAGAGGAACAUGAGCAACUUGUUUUCAGAAGUCCACUCUAUUGGAUUUUUGCUGUGUGAAGUUGUGUGUUCUCAUUCAGUGAAGGGAAAGGGAAUUAGAAUUGAAUCAGACUGGGCUGCCAUGAUAGCCACAUGACAGCUCCCUGCUUCCUCUCUUGUCCCCACUGUCUCUGCUGAAAGAAGAAACUAGAGAGACCUUUUUUUACAACAUAAAAUCAGGUCCUGUUACCCCCUUUUUCCUAAGGCUUCCCAUCCCUCCCAGAAUAAAAAUCAGAAACAAAUAUUAGUGUCAAACUCUUUAAAAAACAGACGCUUGGCAGAGCACAGUGGC